UCUCUCUCUCUCUCUCUCUCUCUCUCUCUCUUAAAAUUCUCAAUUUUUUCUUUCUAUUUCUCACUCGUCAAAUACCCAAAACCAAACAAAACAUAACGCUCCUCUUCUUCUCACAAACCCUUUCCCCGUGAAAAAACAAACAUCUAUCACUCUACACAAAAAAGAUCACACAUCAAAAAAUCACAAACAAAAAUUAAUUAGUAAUUAUCCUAAUUAAUUAAAUUACCUUCUAGAAGUUUCUCCAUCAUGGAUUCACCAUCAGGGGAAGCACCCCCACACAAUCCAUCAGAACCCCCCUCAACUACAACUAAUUCUCCUACGGUUACCGUAACAACCGCACCACCGGAGGGAUCUUCACCACCACCACCACAACCAUCAGCACCACCAAGCCGUUACGAAUCACAAAAACGCCGUGACUGGAACACUUUCUUACAAUACUUACAAAACCACAAACCACCAUUGACGCUAGCACGGUGCAGUGGCGCCCACGUGAUCGAGUUUUUAAAGUACCUCGAUCAGUUUGGGAAAACCAAAGUUCAUGUUUCUGGGUGUCCGUACUUCGGACACCCUAAUCCUCCUGCUCCCUGCGCCUGUCCGUUGAAACAGGCGUGGGGUAGUCUUGAUGCGCUCAUCGGAAGACUUAGGGCGGCCUACGAAGAAAACGGAGGUCGCCCUGAAAGUAAUCCGUUUGGUGCUAAGGCUGUGAGGAUUUACUUGAGGGAAGUUAGGGAAGGACAGGCUAAAGCUAGAGGGAUUCCUUAUGAGAAGAAGAAGAGGAAGAGAUCGGCCGUCACGGUGUCGGCGGUGAGUAGUAGUGGUGGUGGUAAUGAUAAUAGUGGUGGUGGUGACGGUGGUGGUGGUGGAGGUGGUUCUAGUUCAAAUGCUAGUUUAACUUCUACAACUACAACUACUCCAUCUAUUGUUACUACCACCACUACCACAUUAUAGUAAUUUUAAUUAUUUUUAUUAAAUUUUUUCCAUUUCUUUUUUUUUCUUCAUGUGUUUAGUUUUAAUUUUAUGGAAAUUAAUUGUGAUUAAUAAUUAUAAAUUACAUAUUUAUUAUUAUUAUUAUUAGUGCCAAUUUUCCAUCAACAAAAUUUAGGUGCAUAUAGAUUGUUAUUGUUUGAUUAUGUAUGUCUCAGCUCUAUUCUCAUGAUCAUUCCCUCAAUCAGAUAUAUCAUUCUUGAGAAAAUUGGCAUUUUGUAAGAUUCAUUAAUUAUUAUUUGCUUUCUAAUUUGAUGUUGCUGCCAUUGAUUUCUCU